AUGUCUACUUUCGUCAAGACUCUUCCACGAAGCAUUCUGGUUUUUGGCGCGUCGGGACAUAUCGGCCAUCCGCUGGCUAGGUUCCUGACGCGAGAAGCGCCUGAGAUCAAGUUGCGUCUCGCAACAAGCAGCUCAUCCAAGAUAGAGCAACUUCGGGCGGCUUUUCCUCAUGCCGAGGUUGUGCAGGCCAACUAUCAUGAUCCGGAAUCCCUCGUUCAAGCAGUCGACGGAAUGGAUGGUGUUUUCGUCGUUACACCGCCGGGACUAGUUGAGGAGAAGCCAAUGACGGAUCUAGUCGCGGCACUCAAGCAAUCAGACAGUGCAAUUCACAUCAUACGCCUGAUGGGUCUGUUUCCAGAGUUUCCAUCGUCGCGCAUACCCCCUGAGCUCGGCCGCGGAUCGCUCCCCGUAGAGCAUCGCAUCGCAAAAGAAGUGUUGGAUGAAAGCGGGCUCCCCAUCACAUACGUCAAUUGCGGAGCUACUUUUAUGGACAACCUAUCGAUCUUGAUGCGAUCAGUGUUGGCGAAGAAAACCCUCAUUUGGCCGGAACACCGAGUACCUUUCCUAGACCCGAGGGAUAUUGCUGAGGUUGUCGGGAGACUUUUGUUAUCAAACAACGCGAAACACAUCGGCGCAUUUCACACCAUGAACAACGGGCAUGACCUGCUCACUUUCAAAGAGGUGGCUGGAGUUAUUUCUGAGGUUUUCGACGAGCCAAUGGGCUACGACGGCAGCUUUGAGAGCUUUUCGGGGUUUUACGGCACCGUGAUGGGGCCUCCUUUGGUAAACAUGUUGUGGGACUUCUUCAAGUUCGAGGAGGCGAACGAGGAGAUAUGGGCUCUGAAUAACUUCGUUGAAAGGCUCAUCGGCAGGAAACCCAUUACGGUCAAGGAAUGGUUGUUAGAACACAAAGAAGAGUUGCAGCGAGGAGGCGGAGAUCUUGGGUGGGCUGCACGAGGAUUGGAUAAGCUCUAG